AAUUUCCGCGUCACGUGUCUCUGAAAGUAAACAUAUUUUGCUCUUCUGCGUUAUUGUAGGACCAGACAAGUUAGAACAGUUAACAGACAAUAGUAUUUAGAAGUGUGUGAGUAUUUUGAGUCACUGUCAAGGGUGUUUAGAUUGUAGCUAUUUAUUUUUAGUGAAGUUAUAACUCAGCUCUCUAGCUAAAUUUUUACACAGCCAACGCAACGCGGAAAGAACAUACAGGUAGAUUAUAAGAGACAUUUUCAUAGGUUUUACCUGCUGGGAUCAAAAUGGGUUGCACACUAAGUGCCGAAGAUAAAGCUGCCAUGGAGAGGAGUAAAAAUAUUGAUCGGAAUCUGAGAGAAGCUGGCGAAAAGGCAUCAAGUGAAGUCAAACUGUUGCUUCUAGGUGCUGGAGAGUCUGGGAAAAGCACAAUUGUAAAGCAGAUGAAAAUUAUCCAUGAGGACGGGUACACACAGGAGGAGUGCAGCCAGUACAGAGUGGUGGUUUACAGCAACACCAUCCAGUCCAUCAUCGCCAUCAUCAGAGCUAUGGGCAGGCUGGGCAUAGACUUUGGGGACACAGCACGAUCAGAUGAUGCCCGCCAGCUUUUUGCCUUGGCCAGCUCUGCAGAGGAAGGGGUCAUGACCCCUGAACUGGCUGGGGUCAUCAAGAGGUUAUGGCAGGACGGAGGGGUCCAGAUCUGCUUUGGCAGGUCUAGAGAAUACCAGCUUAACGACUCCGCCUCAUAUUACCUGAAUGACCUGGACAGGAUAUCCCAGCAGAACUACGUGCCCACGCAGCAGGAUGUCCUGCGCACCAGAGUCAAGACCACCGGCAUUGUGGAGACACACUUCACAUUCAAGGACCUCUACUUCAAGAUGUUUGAUGUGGGGGGUCAGAGGUCUGAGAGGAAGAAGUGGAUCCACUGCUUCGAGGGAGUCACAGCCAUCAUCUUCUGUGUUGCGCUCAGUGACUAUGACCUGGUGUUGGCUGAGGAUGAGGAGAUGAACCGUAUGCAUGAGAGCAUGAAGCUGUUUGACUCCAUCUGCAACAACAAGUGGUUCACGGGCACCUCAGUCAUCCUCUUUCUCAACAAGAAGGAUCUGUUUGAGGACAAGAUCCAGAAGAGCCCCCUCACUAUCUGCUACCCAGAGUACUCCGGUUCAAACGUAUUCAAAGAGGCGUCAACCUACAUUCAGUGUCAGUUUGAGGACUUGAACAAGCGUAAGGAUACAAAGGAGAUCUACACCCAUUUCACUUGUGCUACUGACACUAAGAACGUGCAGUUUGUCUUUGACUCUGUCACUGACGUCAUCAUUAAAGCCAACCUGAAGGAGGUCGGCUUGUACUGAGACUCCUGCACCAUCAUCUCUUGUCAUCAUCGGGGCUGGAGUGUUUAGGAAUCACACAUUUACGGUGUAAAUCAAUCAUUGCCUUAUUGACAGUUAGACCAUAUACAGGAUGGGUUUUUAGACUAUAAACUGUUGCCAUAAUGUAUGAAUCCUUGGAUAUUUCAAAACAAGAUUACAUGGAGCACUUAUGUGGUUUUGGUUUUCUAUCUUUUUGCUGUUAUGGAUUCCUUAGCUAUGGACUGAUUUUCUGUAAAAUGUCUUUAAAACAUUCUGCACUUUUUAGGCUUUCAGCAUUCACUGUAAAGGGUUCAAAUGUAUUAAUUACAUUGUAAAUGUUGAAUAAGGGAUCACAACUAUUAUGCAUUUUCUGAGUUUUGACAACUUAUCUUUAUAACUGUAUACACUGAGGGUACAAAACAUUAGGAGCACCUUCCUAAUAUUGAGUUGCACCCCCUUUUGCCCUCGGAAUAGCCUCAAUUUGUUGGCGUAUGGACUCUACAAGGUGUUCCACAUGGAUGCUGGCCCAUGUUGACACCAAUACUUCCACAAUUGUGUCAAGUUGGCUGGAUGUCCUUUAAGUGAUGGACCAUUCUUGAUACACACGGGAAACUGUUGAGUGUGAAAAACCCAGCAGUGUUGCAGUUCUUGGCACACUACUGCCAUACCCUGUUCAAAGGCACUUAAAUAUUUUGUCUUGCCCAUUCACCCUCUGAAUGGCACACAUACACAAUCCAUGUCUCAAGGCUUAAAAAUCAUUCUUUAACCUGUCUCCUCACCUUCAUCUACACUGAUUUGAAGUGGAUUAAACAAGUGAUCAAUAAGCGAUCAUAGCAUUCACCUGGUCAGUCUGUCAUGGAAAGAGUGGAUGUUCCUAGUGUUUUGUACACUUAGUGUAAAUGGUCAUUGCUCAACCUAAAUUGUUGUUGUGGAAUUGUGUCCACAAGUGUUAAUCAGUAUUCUCGUGGGGAUUUUAAUGUGCUGAAUUCUGAUUGUUUUAAUAUAUCACCAUUCAGAUCGUUACAUAACACUGAAGUAUUAUACUAGCUCUUAGCGGACUGUAAGACAUCACUUGAUGUUUUAAAACCACUUUGAAAGAAAAAGCUUUUUUUAAUGGUU